AUGAGAGUUCAACCAUGCUCCAUGGUGAUAGCGAUGGCACAUCAGUCCACGACUGGGAUAACGAAGCCCAUAGAGGUGGGAAAGCAAAUGCCAGCAAACACAACUUCAAACGCACUCCUCGCAUGGCAUCCGCGUCACCGCGUAGAAACAGCAUCACCUCCGCUACCUAUAUCCCACGCGGUGCGCCGAAUGCCCAAAACAACACAAGUCCACCGCCACGCCGCCGCAGUCCACAGGUCACACGCCGCCUCUCGAUGCCACCAUCGAUCAAGUUCGUCGCACCAGAACCGUCAUCACGCCCGCUUCCUCUUCCACAGAAGGACGACUUCCCAUCUUCGACCGCCUAUCGCCCACAUCCUGCGUACCCGGUUGAGGAGUGGACUAUUCCAACGCCCCGUCCAGCAAGGUCUGCCCGGGAGGGUACGGCCACGCCGCCGCUGGAGGGGAAGAGGGGCUUGGGCAUUGCAGGGCCAGGACUACUGGGGGUGCUUGCUUCGACGUGGAAGAGGGGUUCUAGUGCUACACAGGCUGUGGAGAAGGGUGAGCUGCAGGGAGUGCGGAGUGUGUCGUACUGACGAACUGUAG